AUGCACUUUCAAAUUGUUUUAGUUUUUAUUAUCGCAUGGAUCGAGGAGAUUAGUUCAUCAUUCAUUCAACCCGCAUUCCCGUUUAAUUUGACUUUUGGUGGUGAUUGUUCGUGUGCGUUUGCUAUUGAACCGGUUUGUGCCUUGAAAGGUAAUGUCGAGUACACGUACAUAAAUGAAUGUGUUCUUCAAUGCGCAAUUCAGCUCAACAAAAAACCAACUCAACUCUUGUACAAAGGGACUUGCUGUCGAGCAGCUACUUGCACGCAAUUUGAUGCGCCCGUUUGUGACAUGAAUGGAGAUAUGUACUCGUCCACGUGCGAAUUCGAGUUGUCACAGUGCAUCGCGCAUCGUCUUCACGGAACUCAUAUCGGUCUCGACACACAGGCUCCAAAAUGUCAAUGUGUUCGGCAAUGUGGACGAGAAUGGGAACCCGUUUGCGAUACGAAUGGAAAAACUCAUGCUAAUCUGUGCACUUUUCUCAACUAUCGAUGCUUUCACAAAAUGCAACUAAAAGAGAACAUCGAAAUCGAUUACUUGGGCACUUGCUGUGAUGAUAUGUGCAUUGCGACUCAUCACCAUUCGCAAAUCUUUUGUGAUUCCGAAGGCUCAACUCAUCGUGAUCUUUGCUCUUUUUACAAAGCACAAUGUCGACUCGAAAGGAGAACGAAUGGAGAAAGGAAAUUGAAGAUUUCGCGAAUCGGUCGUUGUCCGGACGGGGAAAACGAGAAAACGAAUGCUCUCGAGAAACUACUGAAAUCGAUUCUAUUCUCGAAUGAGUUA